AUGGGCAAAUUUCAUGCUCAAAAUGCGGCGGCAGGACGGUUACAGGUGAUGCUGCGGCUGCUUCUGAUCGCCACGGCGUUGUUUAUCCCGCAGCUUCAAACUGCGGAGGCGGCGUGCAGUAAGGUGCGGAACGUGCUCGUCGUCGGCGCGGGCAUCUCGGGGGUCUCCGCGGCGCGACACAUCGCCGUCACCAACGGCGAGUGCUUCAAGGUCACGGUGCUCGAGGCGCGCAAUCGCGUAGGGGGGCGGAUGUGGAGCCGCACGGAGCCCGCGCCGGCCGCGGGCAGCGGCGGCGUGAUUCGCGGCGAGAUGGGCGCGCAGUGGAUCCAAUCAGCGACUGGCAAUCCAAUCACGGCCCUUGCGCGCCGAUUCAAGCUCAAGAUCGGCGAGCAGAACGGCGAGGAGAUUCAGUACCGCGCGGGCGGGAGCGCGUACACUGCCUUUCAGCUAAAAGUCGCGUCGGCUAAGUACGACUGGGCAUUGAAGCGCGCCAAGCAGAUCGCGAAUAAUCAGGAUAACGACAUUUCGAUGGAGAAGGCGUUCCGAGCCGCGGGGAACUUCCUGAACCCGUAUAUCCAGUCCCGUGUGGCGGUGGAUUUCGAGUUUGAGUAUUCGGGCGAGCUCUCGACGGUGUCCUCCUGGUACUACCAGGACGAGGCUUUUGACGGUCCAGAUCUGGUGGUGACCAACGGCUACGAUAACAUCCCCAAGAUGCUCAUGCAGGAAGCUACAAGCGCCGGGGCUCUGCUGGUGCUCAAUUUCGAGGUCACAGCCAUCACGCGGCUGGGCUCAGGAGCAGUGCAGAUUACAGGCAGAGACAACCUCACCGGCGCCACCCGCUCAUACACAGGCGACGCUGCCAUCAUCACUCUCCCCCUCGGCGUGCUCAAGGCUGGGGUUGUUUCCUUCUCUCCCGCGCUCUCCGCGCGAAAGCAGGGCGCUAUAAGGCGUGUUGGGUUUGGGAAUGUCAACAAGGUGUUCGUUUUCUACAACACCACGUUUUGGCCGACCUGGGCGGACGAGUAUUUUAUCGAGGAUGCACAGCUUCCGGGAAACCGCGGGCGGUGGGUUGACUGGGUGAAUCUGAAGCGCGCGUGGGGGAUGACGGCGUUGGAGGGUGUUGCGGUUGGUUCUUAUGCGAACCGAAUGGCACAGAUGAGCGAGGCACAGUGCAUCAGAGACGCGGCUAACAAGAUUAAAGCCAUGUUUCCGAAGUACAAGACUGCAAAGGUUCAUGCAGUGUGGUUACAGAGGUGGAAUUUAGACCCAUAUGCGCGAGGUGCGUACAGUUAUGGAAGGCUAGGGAUGAAAGGGAAUGGCGACGUUACUGGGGAUUUCAACAUUCUGGCAGAACCAGAGCAGAAUUUCCUGUUUGCAGGGGAGCAUACUAAUGGAGAGUAUAGAGCCAGUGUGCAUGGAGGGUAUUUGUCUGGGAUUCGAGAGGCUAAGAGAGUGCUUAGGUCCUACUAA